CGCAACGCUGCGUCUUUUCCUGCAAACAGUUGGCUUCCUUAGAAAAUCAAGCUUACGGCCAGAAAGCGAGAGCAAUGCCAAAGGCUCGGAAGAUCGUCAUCGCGAGCCAGUUCGAGGGAGAGCCAAAAAUCACCGACUUCAAGAUAGAGGCCGAAGAGCUUCGAGCGCUUCAGGAUGGUCAGAUAUUGUGUGAAGCCGAAUACAUCAGCGUGGACCCGUUUCAGCGGUCCAGCACUCAUAAGCACAAGGUUGGCAGCACCAUGGUUGGGGCGCAGGUAGCGCGCAUCUUAGAUAGCCGGUCAUUGGAGUACCCAGUGGGACGUCACGUGGUCGGUUACUGGGGCUGCCGCGACCGCACGGUGGUGGACCCAACGCCGGCGGCUGACGACAUCCUGCCGCCAAUGCUGGUGCCCGACAUUGGGGACCUGCCACUGUCUCUCUCACUGGGGGUAUUGGGAAUGCCAGGAGCCACCGCCUACUUCGGACUGCUCCACAUCUGCCAUCCAAAGCCGGGGGAGACGGUGGUCGUGAAUGGCGCAGCAGGUGCCGUGGGCUCCAUAGUGGGGCAGAUAGCCCGCAUCAAGGGUUGCAAGGUCAUCGGCAUAGCUGGCUCUGACCUAAAGGUUAAGUGGCUGAAGGAAGAACUAGGUUUCGACCACGCCAUCAACUACAAGACGGCAAACGUGGACAAGGCCUUGAAGGAGGCGGCUCCUGGCGGCGUCGACGUCUUCUUCGACAACGUGGGAGGGGAGCAGUUCGACGUAGUGAUCAGCAACAUGAGGAAGGGCGGUCGCAUCUCCCUGUGUGGAUUCAUCUCCAGCUACAACGAGUCAAAGCUCCCCAAGAUGCCCGCCAUCCACAUGCACAUGAUUGGCAGGGAGCUUAGGAUGGAGGGCUUCAUGGUCAGUCGAUGGUGGGGUCGCUGGGACCAGGCCUUCACGGAGAUGGCGCAGUGGAUCAGGGAGGGAAAGCUCAAGUACCGGGAGACCGUCACGGAGGGCUUCCAGAACACCCCACGAGCUUUCAUCGGCAUGCUGAGGGGAGAAAACUUGGGAAAAGCGGUUGUAAAAGUGUGAUUAUUCUUUAUUAUAACUUAAUGGAUGUAAUUAUUUGAAAUACCAUGUAAAGUGUGCAAGCCUUUUGGAAAAAUGACACUCUACACUUGAAUGAUGUGCAGCUAUGCCAGGUGCACAAGUAUGAAACCAGAAUUUGAUUCCAAUAAUCGCACUUCUGCUGUUUGAAACUGAUAAACAAUAUUUCAUCCAAAA